CGGAAGGGAAGCAGCAGUGUAUGCUGAAACAUGGCGUGCGCAUACACACGCAGAGAGAUGACAGCCGGCGUGUGUUUGUUUUCUGCACUUAUCUCCGCAUGUGUGAUGUUACAGCCCUCAUCGGCCAAACCGGGCAAUUUAAGGGUUAUCACAGAUGGAAACUGGGAGGACAUCCUGACAGGGGAAUGGAUGAUCGAGUUUUUUGCUCCAUGGUGCCCAGCCUGCCAACAGCUCCAGCCCGUGUGGAAUGAGUUUGCAGAAUGGAGUGAAGAUUUGGGGGUGAAUAUUGCCAAAGUGGAUGUCACAGAGCAGCCAGGUUUGAGUGGGAGGUUUAUCAUCACAGCUCUGCCAACUAUCUACCACUGUAAAGACGGUGUAUUUCGGCAGUAUCAAGGAGUCCGAUCUAAAAAUGAGUUCCUGAGCUUCAUUGAUGAGAAGAAAUGGCAGAGCAUAGAGCCGGUCUCUUCCUGGUUUGGCCCUUCAUCCUUCCUAAUGAACGUGAUGUCGGCCCUCUUUAAGUUAUCCAUGUUCAUUCGGCAUUGCCAUAAUUACUUAACAGAGCAGCUGGGCAUCCCAGUGUGGGGCUCAUAUGGAAUUUUUGCUCUUGCAACACUUUGCUCAGGAUUGACCCUUGGAUUGGUACUGGUUUUCACUGCAGAUUUUGUGUUCCCAUCUCGCCGGUUUACACCAGAUUAUUACCACAAAAAACAGCCUGCAGGACAGGCGCGUCUCCUGCAGCAGUCAGAGGAUGAGCAGGAAGCAGACGGAGAGGAAGAGGAUGAUGAAGAUGAGUACGGAGGAAAGGCUGAAGAGUGGCGACGAGUGGGCAGUGCUGAUGCUCUCAGGAGAAGAGGUGUGGAUGUGCCAGAGGAGGAUACCUAGAGGACAGGAGAGGAACUGCCUCUAUCUCACUGUGCACAAACCACCACUCCAACCACAUCGCCAUGGCAACACCCACAUGUAUUGCCAUGACAGCACUCACUGAGCUUCUUGAUGUCAUAUGUGAUGUCUUAGCUCCCUUCCCAAAUAUUCAGUCACCUUUGACUUAAAGACUGGUGUGGUUUUGCUUCUCUCGGUUUCUUGCUACUGGUUUGUGUGUUUUCUCUUUCACAGUUGUCAAGUUUUUAUGAUUACACUCCUUGCUAUGCACUAUCUCUAGUGUGUGUGUGUGUGUGUGUGACAAAAAUAUUUUGACUUACAUUAAGGAAUAUCACGAGUCACAGCUGUAAUAUUACCCAUACAAAAAUAAGUAAAUAAGAGUAAAUAACUAAGAUAUCAACCUCACUGUGGAUCUCCAUUUUAGUUGUAAAUUAGGCUUUUGGGAAUUUGAAAAGUUUUGCGCUUUACUUUGUAUAUAUUUUACUAUUCAAACUUUUUGAAUGCCUGUUAUAUUAAGCCAGAAUGUUCAAUUUGCUAUUGUUUUAAGGUUUUUCUUCCACUUGGAGUUCAGCCUAAUUCUUUUUGCAAUUUUUGUUCUUUUUUUCAGUUUAGAAAAUGCCUGAAUUAACACCCGUGUAUAGACCUUAUUCACGUUAUCGCCAUCUUUGAUUUUUAAUGGGAAAGACAAUGAGACUGUGAGGGAUAGACUAACAGUCUCUUCAAUGGCACGAAUGGUAUAAAGCUCCUAGAUCACAUCUCCUUUUCCACAGCUCAUGUUGUCUGGAGUUUUUUGUAUACUGAAUGUUCUUGGACAGAUAUUUUAUCAAUGUUUUGUCCGCAGAAUGUUCCAAAACACUUUAAACUGCAGUACAUCACGUUGAAGAGACUGUAAGUCUAUCCUUCACAGCCUCAUUGUUAUUCCCAUUAAAAAUCAAAGAUGGCGCUUGCGUGAAUAAGGUCUAAAUGUAUUAACGUAUGUGUUUUUACUGAGGAUAUUUUGUUGGAUGAAAAUGAACCUGAGUGCAGUGACCAGAUUUAUUGCUGUUUGACACUUAAGGAAAUGUGCUGACAUUUGUUUAGAACAUAGUUCAUUGAAGUUUCAUGCCACAUAUGUUAUUGAUUUUAGAUGGUGUAUUAUGUUUUGUAUCAAGUUAAGGUGUCAAUUUGAGAUGUAUCUCUGUCUUGCAGUUUAUUUGUACCCUUUUUACAUCUGAUAUUUUCAUUCACUAAAACACUCUUUUGUGUGUUUGUGACGCAAAUCCCACUACUUUACACUCAUGACACCUGACCCUCUACUGACUCCUGACUUGCCCUCUAUAAUUGAAGUGUGUUGCGAUAUAUUCUGCUCGGCUACCCACAGCAAAAGUACUAAAGUGUGAAUGUGUGCAAUUUACAACUCUAUUGCUUACCGUGUGCGUGUGUACGAUUUUUGGGAUAAUUCUGGAUUUGAGAUUUGAGUGUGAAUCAGGACUGUUAAUAAACAGUUUAA